AUGAAAAACCAUUACAUCUUGAAAACAUAUUGCAAAAGAAUUUUCUUAAUCGGCUCCGGAAAUUUCUGGUACAAGGAAAGCGAAAUAGGCAACGAUCAAAGCCUGCUUUAUAGGACAUACAACGCUGUACUGUAUUUUAUAUAUGGUUUCAUGACAAUAUUAGAAAUAAUGGCGGCCACGAUGGGCGACUUUCCCCCAGACGAGAAACGUGACUCCGUGAGCUUCGCCGUCAGUCAUACAAUAGUUAUGAUCAAAAUAUUUUCGGUUAUUGCCAACAAAUCGUUGAUAAAAAAGCUGAACCAUAAAAUGGUGACAGUUUGCGAAAGAUACGAAGAAAAUACGUUGAUGGCGGAGAAAUAUAAGAUCAUGAAAAUAAAUGUUCUCGCCUACUUUGUGACCGUUUAUGCGUCGGCAUUUUUCUUUGUUUUCGAAGGACUAAGGAAGAUGUUAACAGGAUCCCAUUUUGUGACAGUUGUAACGUACUAUCCUAAGUUUGAAGAUGACUCAAUAGGGGCCACAUCUGCCCGAGUCCUUGCAACAGUAAUUUUGUACAUUUUAAUGAUAACUAUGAUCAUGUCUGUAGACUCCUUCACAAUGAUUUACUUGAUCAUGUAUAAAUACAAAUUCAUAACAUUGAAACAAUAUUUUGAAAAUUUGAGAGAAGAAGUCAAUGCGCUAAAUGCUAUACGGGAGUAUGACAUGGCUGCCGAAAAAAUGGCUGCUGGUCUCGUUGAAGGAAUACAAAUGCAUAAUACACUAUUAAGGUUAUCCGGAGAUAUCGACAAAGCGUUCGGUACGGUGAUGGCUCUCCAAGUUUGUCAAAGCUCAGGGUCGGCCGUCUCUCUCCUACUUCAAAUUGCCCUCUCGGAUCAACUGACAUUCAUCGCAAGUAUGAAGAUAAUAUUCUUUGUCGUCGCCCUAUUCUUCUUACUGGGUCUGUUUUUAUGCAAUGCGGGGGAAAUAACGUAUCAGGCUUCACAAGUAUCCGAUGCUAUCUUCUAUUGCGGUUGGCAUACUUGCCCACUGCGUCCAAAGUCGGCUCCACGACGCAAUAUAAGGCAACUGGUACUUCUAGCAGUCAUGCAGGCACAGCGCCCCUUGGUGAUGAAGGCCUUCAAGAUGUUGGAACUUACUUAUGGAACCUUUUUACUGGUGGUGCGUUCUACGUAUUCGGUUUUUGCUUUGUUUUAUGCGCAAACUUCGUAA